AUGAUCAGAAACACUCUUACACCAAGCACACCUUCUCCAGCAACACUCCUGAACCCUAACAAUACCUCUUCGACGGACAUUUCCUUAGCACCUCAACAACUUUCCUGGGAGUUUUUGCGUAAACAGGCCCGUCAAUUGGAGAAUGAGAUUGAACAGAAAUUGACAAGCUAUAGCAAACUUGCAGCUCAAGUUGGAAGGAGUGUGAAUAGCAUUGGCUCUGGGAGCCUGGGAAAUGGAUUAUACGGAGAAAACGGAUUGUCAGGGAAUUCUAGUGAUGCGAUGGAAUUGGAGUUAGAUGAAUUAAUCAAAAAGUUGAAUUUGGUAGUAAGCUCCAUGGCAGAGGUCGUAGAUAGACCAUCGUCAACCACAUCAAAUCCAUCAAUGAUGCAUAUGUUGCAACGACAUCGAGAUAUUCUAUACGAUUAUUCAAAAGAAUUUAAGAAGACUAAGGCAAAUAUCCAAGCAGCAAAGAAUCAUUCGGAUUUGUUGAGUUCAGUGAGAGAUGAAAUAAGGUAUUAUUCUUUGACCAUUUACCCUUGGGCCAGUAGUGAGACAGACUACUUCUUAAGCGAAAGAAGUCGAAUUGAAAAUUCUCAUAGAAUGACAGAUAUGGUUCUAGAACAAGCAUAUGAAGCGAGGGAAGAGAUGGGAAGGCAAAGAAGCACACUAUUAAACAUCAAUAGCAGGAUGAAGCGUGUCACGAACAUUUCUAUCCAAGAGGUUGAAAUACGUCUUCACGAACCACUGAUACUAAAACCGAGCUCUCGGAAGAAGAGAGUAGGUUUACAAGUUCUGAACGCGCUGGCAAGGUUAGAGGUGUUGUUGAGUAAAGAAGAGGCGCUCGCAAGUUCAGAAAUCGGGGUGCAGAAUUUGACGCAGCAACAAUAUAAUAAAACGGAGAUCGAUGCUACCAUAAAAGCUCUAGAGGUAUCCCUACUACAAUUCGACGAAGAUGGAAUAUUCAAAAAAGACAUUCAGGUCGGUUGCUUCAAAUUUGAUAUUGUAUUUAUGAUUUUGGUUCGCGUGAAAUUGACGAGAUCCAUUGCCGUCCAUGGUCAUGGUCAUUCCUUCGACCAACAGACAUAUAUGACAGAAUUAGGACUCGCCUCACUUUUUCCAAAGUCUGCAAAAUACUUGGUGGCCAACAAGAUUUCCUCGAGAAAAUUGGAUAUCACCGGUAAAUGA